AUGAAUCUCGCUUUUGUGGAAGUCCUCACUCAAAUGCCAAAAUACCCCAAGUUCAUGAGAGACUUCCUCACUCACAAAAGGAAGAUUGAAUCCAUUCAACAAGUCACCCUUAGUGAAGAAUGCUCGGCGGCACUCCUGAACAAGCUCCCCCAAAAGAAGAUUGAUCCCAGAAGCUUCACCAUUCCUUGCUCCAUUGGCGGAUCACCAAUAAGCAAUGCACUAGCCGACUUGGGGGCGAGCAUUAAUUUGAUACCGGCCACAAUGUUCAACCGACUUGAGUUAGGUAAGCCACAUCCUACAAGGAUGACCAUACAACUUGCAGACAGAUUGGUAAAAUACCCUCAAGGUGUCAUAGAGAAUCUAUAG